AUGACCCAACAAGCGCAGCCCGUCGAUCAAAAGAGAAAGAUCAUUAUCUUCUCUGACUUCGAUGGCACAAUCUUCAUGCAAGAUACUGGCCACAUCCUAGUGGACCACCAUGGCUGCGGUGCCGCCUACCGCAACAAACUAGAAGAGCAAUUCAAAACCGGCGAACGAUCCUUCCGUGACAUCUCCGAUGACAUGUGGGGAUCCCUAACAAUCCCCUUCGGCGACGGCUUCGAUGUCAUGGAAAAGAACCUCCAAAUCGACCCGGGCUUCCAAGAAUUCCACCUAUACUGUGCCGAAAACGGCUUCCCAUUCAACAUCAUCAGCGCCGGUCUCAAGCCAAUCCUGCAGCGAGUCCUUGAUAUCUUCCUCGGCGAGAAAGAGGCUUCCUCAAUCGAUAUCGUAGCAAACGACGUCCAAAUAGUAGACGGCAGUCCCUGGAAACCCGUCUGGCGCGACGCCUCCGAAUCAGGCCACGACAAAGCAAUGAGCGUAAACACAGCCCGCCAACAAGCCCAAGCAGAAUGCACACCAGACGAAAUCCCCCUGAUCGUCUUCAUUGGCGACGGAGUCUCCGACCUAGCCGCCGCCCGCGAAGCAGACGUCCUUUUCGCACGCCGCGGCCUCCGCCUCGAAGAACACUGCAUCGAGCACGGUAUCCCCUACACGCCCUUCGAUACCUUCUCUGAUAUCAAACGCGAGGUUGAGGCUAUUUCGCGUGAAGAUCAGAAGAAGACGGGUGGUGUUGGUAAACCGGUGCGGUAUAACCCUCGUGCUAAUAUGUGGCGACGGAUUUCUUCUAAGGAGGCUGUUCCGACGCUUAUGACAGCUGCUACGCCUUCUAACGAGGAGAAGAUGUUCCUUUGGCCCGAGACCUUUUCGGAGCCUUUGAAUACUUCGGCUUUGCCGCAGGGUCAUAAGCCUUCGACUAUUCAGGAAGGGGAUGAGACUUCUGCUUAG